CUCUAAGUAUGAAUAAAGGAGAGCCACGGAAGAAAUUUGUGAAUGAAGUUGGGCUUGAACACAGGAGAAAGGAAAUGGGAUCUAUAAGAGAUAGUGUGAAAAGAGUUCAACAGCGGAGUCUCAGUCAAGCACAUUUUACAAUCAAGGAAAAAUGUUGAUGAAGAAGAGAACUCGAUGAAUUUCGUACUGAAAUUGAGCAGCUUAAGAAAGAGCUUAGUCAAGUCAAAACCCACUUAAAACAAAAAUGCCCUAACCCAGAGCUAGAACCUUGAAGACAAAAAAAUAUCAAGAUUGCUCAGAAAAUGUCAAAAUGAGUUAAAAGUUUCAUAAACCCAAAGAAUGACAUUGAGCAUUAUGAAAGUCUCUCAGCGUUAUGUAAUAUUGAGCCCGAGACUGAUCCUCUUAAGGUACUCCGGCCACAUCCAUCGACUCGGAACAAGAUGAUGCCUAAAUUUUUCGAGUCAGAAGAGACCAUCUUCUGUGCUUCUAAUUAUGGGUCUAAUAGAAGGUUCAAAAGUUUUUAUUCAAAACCACCUAUACAAAAGAGUGCAGGGGUGCUGAAAUAAACCAUUCCAGAGGAUGCUCUCGGAGGGCUCCCAGAGCCCUCCGGAAGAUGCCCUAAAAUGAGAAUGCACCCAUAUUAACCAGAAAUGAGGUGCUUACUGAAAGAAUUUGAAGCCAGAAGAUGAAAAAGAUAUGGUUUUUAGACUAAAUAACUCUCGAAUCGAUGAAGAGGAAGAUAGCAGGAUUUAUGCAAUACCAAGAAAUUGGUGGCAAGAAUGGUGAGAUUAUGUUAACAUUGAAGCAACUGACUACUUUGAACAACUCCAGAAAUUAAAUUUAAACUACGAAUCGAUUUCUGAUUCACCUAAUCUCAGAUGUCAAAGUAGAGGAGAUCAGGAGGGUUUAUUAUCGACAAGGAUGAAUUCUCCCUUCGGGAUUCCUCAUUCUGAAGAAGGACAUUACCCUCGGCCUGAUAAGAUCUGAAACCGAUCUCUGAUAUCUGAAGAUAGUAUUCUCUGCUCUCUACCAUUCCAGACAAAGCAUUUAAGAGAGAAUCUAACUAGCGGGCUUGACUAUAUUAAAGUUGAUAGUCACUGCUGGAACUUGUUGAAUCUUUGGUAUGGGAGUGACUACAAAGUAAGGGCGCCAAAAGAGACUUUUGAAUCAAUAGCCUCCUCAAGAUUUAGUCUCUAAUGCUAAAAUUUCAAUAAA